CCUCGCGGCUCAUGAGUUCAGUGAUGGAAAAUGGCGGCUAGAUGAGUUUCUCCACUCCAACAGGGAAAGCAACUAAUCUGGGAAAAACUCUGGAUUUACAGCAGGAAUAAGACAACAACCCUUUGCCGCGUGUCGGAUAACUUUCCUCAAUGAGAAUGUCACGCUGGGUGCCCACGAAGAAAGAGAAAUACGGUGUUGCCAUCUAUAACUAUGAUGCCCGCAGUGAUGAUGAGCUGUCCUUACAAAUCGGAGACACUGUACACAUACUGGAGACGUAUGAAGGAUGGUAUCGAGGGUAUCGGCUGAGGAGAAAAUCGAAGAAGGGCGUCUUUCCCGCGUGUUAUAUACAUCUGAAGGAGGCAACAGUUGAAGGCAGUGGACAAAAGGAAACUGUCAUCCCUACCGAGCUUCCACUGGUUCACGAGGUCACAACUACGUUGCGAGAAUGGGCGGCCAUAUGGAGGGACCUCUAUGUGGGUGACAAGCGUGAGAUGUUUAACACGGUACGGGACAUGAUCUACGACUUGAUUGAAUGGCGCUCUCAGAUUCUGUCCGGCACGCUGCCUCAGGACGAGCUGUCGGAGCUCAAGCAGAAAGUCACCUCAAAGAUGGACUAUGGGAACAAAUAUCUGGACCUGGAUCUGGUAGUGAGAGAUAAAGAUGGAAAUAUUCUGGAUCCUGAUCUCACCAGCACUAUCAGUCUGUUCCGGGCACACGAAACCGCAUCCAAACAGAUCGACGCACGAAUUCAAGAAGAAAAGAAGCAGAACCCGGAUUUAAGCAGACAGGCGAAGUUUGCCUCCACGCCCUCAUUCGGCCUGUUCGUCACACUCAAAAACGUUGUGUGCAAGAUCGGAGAAGACGCCGAAGUGCUGAUGUCACUGUAUGAUCCCAUCGAGUCCAAGUUUAUCAGUGAAAACUAUCUUGUACGCUGGUCGAGUUGUGGUUUGGUGAAGGACAUCAAUCAGCUUCAUAACCUGCGUGCUGUGUUCACUGAUUUGGGGAGUGAAGAUCUGAAGAGAGAAAAAAUCAGUUUCGUUUGUCAGAUUGUUCGAGUGGGCCGAAUGGAGCUGAGAGACAACAAUGCCAAAAAAUUAACGUCAGGUCUGCGCAGACCCUUCGGUGUUGCAGUUAUGGACGUAACAGACAUCAUUACGGGUAAAAUGGACGAUGAGGACAAACAACACUUCAUACCAUUCCAGCCGCUAGCGUUGGAUGACGCCAUUCGCCACAGGCAGCUGAACAUCUCACGUUUUUCACCCAGGGUGGCGGGCGAGAACGACUUCCUCCAGACCGUCAUCAACAAGGUCAUCGUUGCCAAAGAGGUCAAUCACAAAGGUCAAGGUUUGUGGGUGACACUAAAGUUGCUUCCAGGUGACAUUCAUCAGAUUCGUAAAGAUUUCCCUCACCUGGUGGACCGAUCCACUGCUGUCGCUCGCAAAAUGGGCUUCCCAGAAAUCAUCAUGCCAGGUGAUGUCAGGAAUGAUAUAUAUGUGACGCUGGUUCAGGGGGAUUUUGAUAAGGGCAGUAAGACGACACCAAAGAACGUGGAAGUCACCAUGUCUGUGCAUGAUGAAGAUGGCAAGAAACUGGAGAGCGUGAUCUUUCCUGGAGCUGGAGAUGAAGGAAUUAUGGAGUAUAAAUCUGCCAUCUACUACCAGGUCAAACAGCCCCGCUGGUUUGAAACCUUCAAGGUCGCAAUCCCGAUUGAAGAUGUGAACCGGAGUCACCUUCGAUUCACGUUCAAGCACAGAUCAUCGCAAGACUGCAAAGAUAAAUCUGAGAAGAACUUUGCUCUGGCCUUCGUCAAACUGAUGAGAUAUGACGGCACGACGCUUCGUGAUGGAGAACAUGAUCUCAUCGUCUAUAAGGCUGAAGCCAAGAAAUUGGAGGACUCCUCUAUGUACCUGAACUUAUCUUCUACCAAACCAGAGAUGGAGGAGAAGAGUCCGUCCACCGGGAAGAACACGCAGAGUCUCGGCAGCUUCAGCAUCAGCAAGGACUCGUUUCAGAUCGCAACGCUCGUGUGCUCCACUAAACUCACGCAGAACGUCGAUCUCCUGGGGCUUCUGAAGUGGAGGUCCAAUACCAGUUUACUACAGCAGAAUCUCCGUCAUCUGAUGAAGGUGGAUGGAGGUGAAGUGGUCAAGUUUUUACAGGAUACCUUGGACGCCCUGUUCAACAUUAUGAUGGAGAAUUCAGACAGUGAAACAUUUGACACCCUCGUGUUUGAUGCGCUGGUCUUCAUAAUCGGACUGAUUUCGGAUAGAAAGUUCCAUCACUUCAAUCCGGUUUUGGAGACGUACAUCCGCAAGCACUUCAGCGCCACCCUCGCUUACACCAAGCUGAUGAAAGUAUUGAAGAACUAUGUGGAUAAUGCCGAGAAGCUGACAGACCAGCUGCUAAAGGCUCUCAAGGCUUUGGAGUACAUCUUCAAAUUCAUCGUGAGAUCUCGGGUCCUCUUCAACCAGCUGUAUGAGAAUAAAGGUGAAAGUGACUUCAUGGAGUCCCUCAGGAGCCUGUUUGCCUCGUUUAAUGCCAUGAUGAACAGCAAUGCAGACAGUUCAGGAGGGGUGAAGGGUACGGCACUGAAAUAUCUCCCCACUAUUGUCAAUGAUCUCAAACUGGUAUUCGAUCCAAAGGAGCUCAGUAAGCUGUUCAGUGAGUUUAUUCUCAAAGUUCCUCUGGGCCGUCUGGUGAAGCAGAAGUUAAUCUGCAUGAUUGACAUUGUCCACAGUGACCUCUUCACUCAACAUGACUGCAGGGAAAUCCUGUUGCCUUUGAUGACGGAGCAGCUGAAAUUUCACCUGGAGAAUCCGGAAGAGCUGGAGUCCUGCUGUCAGUUACUCAGCAACAUCCUGGAGGUCCUCUACAGAAAAGAUGUUGGUCCGACACAGUGGCACGUCCAGGUCAUCAUGGAGAAACUGUUAAGGACGAUCAACAGAACCGUGAUUUCCAUGGGCAGAGACUCUCAGCUCAUAGGCAGUUUUGUAGCGUGUAUGACGGGCACUCUGCGGCAGAUGGACGAUUAUCACUACACGCAUCUCAUCAGCACUUUUGGAAAGAUGCGCUCUGAUGUGGUGGAUUUCCUCAUGGAGACAUUCAUUAUGUUUAAGGAUCUCAUUGGAAAAAAUGUCUAUCCUGCUGACUGGGUCAUAAUGAACAUGAUGCAGAAUAAAGUCUUCCUGAGAGCCAUCAAUCAGUACGCCUCUGUACUCAACAAGAAGUUUCUCGAUCAGACCAACUUUGAGUUGCAGCUUUGGAAUAACUACUUCCACCUCGCUGUGGCGUUUCUUACCCAAGAGUCUUUGCAGCUAGAGAACUUCUCCAGUGACAAACGGGCUAAGAUCUUCCAAAAGUAUCAAGAUAUGAGGAGACAGAUUGGAUUUGAGAUAAGAGACAUGUGGUAUAAUCUGGGUCCACACAAGAUUAAGUUUAUUCCUGAGAUGGUCGGCCCGAUUCUGGAGAUGACUCUGGUUCCAGAGAUUGAGCUGCGCAAAGCCACGAUCCCCAUCUUCUUUGACAUGAUGCAGUGCGAGUUUCACUUCAGACGCUGUUUCCAGAUGUUUGAAAAUGAGAUCAUCACCAAACUGGAUCACGAGGUGGAAGGAGGACGAGGAGACGAGCAGUACAAAAUCCUCUUUCAGAAGAUUCUGUUGGAGCACUGCAGGAAACACAAGUAUCUGGCUAAGACUGGUGAGACAUUCGUGACACUGGUGGUCCGUCUCUUAGAGAGACUCCUGGACUACAGAACCAUCAUGCAUGAUGAGAACAAGGAGAACCGCAUGAGCUGUACUGUUAACGUCCUGAAUUUCUACAAGGAGAUUGAAAGAGAAGAGAUGUAUAUUAGGUACUUGUAUAAACUGUGUGAUCUGCACAAAGAGUGUGAUAACUACACAGAAGCUGGAUACACACUACUGCUGCACGCCAAACUCCUCAAGUGGUCUGAAGAGGCGUGCGCCGCUCACCUGACGCAGAGAGACGGGUAUCAGGCGACCACUCAGUGUCAACUCAAAGAUCAACUUUACCAAGAGAUCAUCAACUACUUCGACAAGGGCAAGAUGUGGGAGGAAGCCAUCAUCCUGGGGAAGGAGUUAGCCGAACAGUACGAGAAUGAGAUGUUUGACUUUGAACAGCUGAGCGCUUUGCUGAGAAAGCAGGCACAGUUUUAUGAGAAUAUUGUGAAAGUGAUCAGACCUAAACCGGAUUACUUCGCUGUGGGUUAUUAUGGGCUGGGCUUCCCUUCAUUCCUCAGGAAUAAGAUGUUCAUUUAUCGGGGUAAGGAGUAUGAGCGGCGAGAGGAUUUCGAGGCGAGACUGCUCACUCAGUUCCCCAACGCUGAGAAGAUGAAGACCACUACUGCACCCAGUGAAGAUAUCAAAAACUCUACUGGACAGAACAUUCAGUGUUUCACAGUGAAACCCAUUUUAGAGCUGCCACCAAAGUUCCAGAAUAAACCUGUGUCAGAACAGAUUGUGAGCUUUUACACUGUAAACGAGGUCCAGAAAUACCAGUAUUCACGACCAGUCAGAAAAGGAGAGAAAGAUCCGGACAAUGAGUUUGCUAACAUGUGGAUUGAAAGGACGACUUACGUAACCGCUUAUAAAUUGCCCGGGAUCCUGCGCUGGUUUGAAGUUUUGUCUGUCUCAACGGAGGAGAUCAGUCCUUUAGAAAACGCUAUGGAGACCAUGCAAUUGACCAAUGAAAAAAUCAACAACAUGGUUCAGCGUCACCUUGCUGACCCCAGCCUUCCCAUCAACCCCCUCUCCAUGCUUCUCAACGGCAUCGUGGACCCAGCCGUCAUGGGCGGAUUCACCAAUUAUGAGAAGGCUUUUUUUAAUGACAAAUACACCCAGGAACAUCCUAAUGACCUGGAGAAGAUUGAAAAACUGAAGGAUCUGAUUGCUUGGCAGAUCCCGUACCUGGCUGAAGGAGUUCGUAUUCAUGGUGAAAAGGUGACGGAGGCCCUGCGACCGUUUCACGAGCGUUUGGAGGCGUGUUUCAAACAACUUAAGGAGAAGGUGGAGAAACAGUAUGGCGUCAAAGCACUACCUCCCAUGGCGGAUGAGCGGCGAGGGAGUCGGCCUCGGUCCAUGGUUCGCUCUUUCACCAUGCCGUCGUCUCAGAGACCUCUGUCUGUCGCAUCUGUGACCUCCCUAUCAUCAGAUAACUCGCCUUCAAGACCGGGAUCAGAUGGUUUCGCUUUGGAGCCUCUCCUACCCAAGAAGCUGCACAGUAAGUCUCAGGACAAACUGGAUCGAGAUGAACCGGAGAAAGAGAGGAAGGAUAAAAAGAAGGAGAAGAGGAACAGUAAACAUCAGGAGAUGUUUGAUAAGGAGCUGAAGACCGCUGACGUAACCCUGCAGCCAAGUGAAGCUGUUAUACUCUCAGAAACAAUCAGCCCAUUGAGACCACAGAGGCCGAAGAGUCAGGUGAUCAACCUGAUGGGGGAGAAAAGACUGUCGGUGUCUCCAGGACCUCCAGCGAACUCGACAUCAUCAUCAUCUGUCCCUCCACCUAUCGCCCCCCGGGCAAAACUACAGUUCAGCUUACUAUCUGGAUCCAAUCUUGAGCUGAAUGGGACGAGUUAUGGAGAUAAGGGUGAGACUCCGCCCCCACUUCCUGUCAAAAGCAGCAUGGGUGACUAUGGAAACCUAAUGGACUACUCAGACCCGGCCAGUCCGACCACGCCGCCUCCACCACCACCUCAUCUUCGGCACCUUCCUCCACCUUUACCCAGCAAGACCCCUCCUCCACCCCCUCCGAAGACCACACGGAAACAGGCUUCCAUUGACUCGGGAAUCGUCCAGUAAGCGAGAAAACAAUUUCACCAAAUAGAGAUAGCGGCGUCGCCUCCCCUUCAAUGAUUUUACGUCAACAUUACUGACAGCAUAUGAGAGGAAGACCUCAUCUCUGCUCUUCCUCUGAGCGCCUGAUAGUUCAUCAGAAAUCUGUGUACUGCUGAAGAAUCAGUCUGGAAGUGAUAUGAACUGCAGGAUGUGCUUUUAUUGCGUAUGAUUCCAGGCAUCAGCAAAACAUCCAACUCUUUGCCACUGAGAGCGAAUACAGAUGCAGCGUGACUGGAAAUUUUGGGGUAUUUUUAGGCAGAUGGUCCACUUGAGAUGAAUUGAGACUGAGAGGUUGUUGAGAACGUGGUUUUAUUAUUAAGACACAAGGUUAAUUCAAACCACAAAAGCGCAUAAUCAAAGUUCUCCCCUUUUUUUAUCAUUUUUACAUAAUAUUUUUAUCCUCAAUAUAUACACAAUUAUGUACAGAGGUUUGUAUAUAUGAUUUUAUUUUAUUUUUCCUUUCUUUCUUGAAAGGAAAUGUUAUCCUUUUUUGUAUUCAUGGUGCAUUAACGUAAUUGGCAUUUUAAUUGAUAAAGGGCUUAUUGAGGGGCAGUAUAUUAAAAGUAUAUUCGUUAUUUUGAUAUUUUUUAUGUCAUUGUUUUUCUUCUUUCA